AUGCAGCGCAACGUUCAGCAACCGGAAGGUGAGUCCAUGGCCGAGCGCAUGGACUUCACUGAUCGCAAUGGCAAAAAAACCUACGUCGGUACUGAAGCUCGCUCCGGAAAAACCAAUUAUUUGGGGGAUCCCUAUGGCUUCGCUGGUAUCGCCAUUGGAAAGCCUCCACCAGGAGCUAAAGAUAUGAGGACCAACUCUUAGUCAUCUCAGCAUCUCAGCACUCUCCUGCCACCCGCCUUUUCCCAUGAUAUACAAUUACAAGGGGAAAAGGCACCGAGAUAGUACUGGGAAGAUUCGUUCGAGAUGAUGAAUUGAAGCACAUUCUAAAAAUGGAUGGACUGGCUACGGCAACAAAGCUCCAGGCACGUGGCGUGGUGUGGAUGCAGUGGCGACAUCCGUCAGUGCCUUUGGAGGCGGUGGUGGAGCGUCUGAAGGAGGUCGUGGAGCAGGCCAAGCACAAAUGAUUCAAAAGAUUGUCAUCGGACUUGUUGUCGCAGCGGUUAUGGUGUUCGCCUACAAAUCGCAUUGUGGCUCGUAUGGUUGGUGGAGCAAACCUUUGUAUUGUAAGCUGAUGUAG